AUGCCUCGAAGGAACGGGAACGGGGCGACCUCACAAUACGUUCUACCGGUUUGCUUUGAAAGUCUUGGCUCCUUCCUGGAUUUUCACCCAACACGACCCAACACGUACGCUCUUUUUCCUUGGGUUGGUGAACGAGUGCUGGCACCUGGAACAUCAACUGAUAGCACUGCAACGACAUUCGCGGGCAUGAACUACGUCGACGCGCAUCUUCAUGACAACUUGGGAUUAUUGUCCUCCAGGUUGUGGAGACCGGAGGAGGAGCACACAUGGCUCCGCAGCUCGACACUACUUCCUUCAAAUGUGACCCGCUCCUCUCCAUUAUCAACUAGCCGCAACGUAGCCUGGCCAACACUGAUGACGCUACUAACCUUCUGUCUCGUUUUUCAUUUCAACGGACUCGAUAGCAACACUGCUCAAGCGCUCGCAGAAAUCCGCGUUUCAUCCCAGCACAUCCUCAAAUCGGUCCAACUUUCGAUUGGAUCGUUCGAGCGGGAAUCACCUUGUCUAUUGGAUGCAAAGGCUCACGCAUUUGAGUUGUCAUCCCCCUGUCAACUUUUGCCUUUAGAGCCCCUCUAUCUGCAAGUCCGAUUCCGCGGAUUGUUUCGUGCUGCGUCGAAGAGCAAGAUACCUCUCGAUGAACUGCUAAGACUUUCUACUCUAGAAUGGUCAAAAUCAUUUGACAAGUUCAAUGUCGUCCUGAAGUUUAGCCAAUACGCAGGGGCGGAACCUCCGACGAGUGGCGACCUACGACCUACAACGGAUGAGUUAUUCAAGUUGGUCGAACGGUUCCGAGUCCUGGUCAUCGGCAAAGUGGCCCUCUUAUACCUCUAUUCUCAGGUAUUAGCUCACGACCGUGGCUCAUUCAGAAGCUGGCGUGUCAAAUAUCAAUACUCCGAUUAUAGCCAGCGAAAACGGAAGAUUUGUUCUACACGACAGUCAGGGGUUCGCGAGCAUGGAGAGGGUGAAAACUUUCAGAAAGUGGUCGAUUUUUUGAAAGCUCGUAAGAAGAUGUCCAAUGUGAGGGAUCAGGUACAUGCUGUCUGGCUUUGUUUCCCGGUGUCCUUGUCUAAAGGUGACCGUUUGUUCGAGGCUGGGGUGGAGGAAUUAUUCCGUAUGAAGUCUAAUGGAGACCUUGGCCCUGUUUCUGUGAUCACCGUUUUUACCAAAUAUGAUAAGUUGGUAGAGCAGGUUGAAUAUGGUAACAAUCUAGAGUUCCACAAACGCAACAAACAUUUGGAUCGGGAAACCCGAAAUGCACGUCUUGCUGAGGAGACAGCAGCACAGUUCCAAGAAUUGUGUGUUGGUCCCUUCGAAAAGGUCGUCGGUAUAGUCAUUCCGCACAUUGCCGUCUCAACCAAUGAAGAAUACAAGGUUACCAGAAAGAUGUUGAACGAGCUUGUCCAUCUCACUGCUGACUGUGUUAAAAACACCCUGGCAGUUGACGUUGCUGAAGAUGUUGCACUGGUCUCCGCCAUCGCCCAACGCGUGAAUCCAGCUGUAAAGAUCGAUGCGGGUUGGGAAGAAGCGUAUGAAUCUUCCGGCGUGCCCCUUGGUGAAAGUUAUUGGAUGGGUCUCGCAGCUAGCGUGAAUUUUCCAGGAAAAACUAUAGAAGAAUGCCUACGGGUUCUACAUACUGAUAUCGUUGAAGUGUGGAACAUUCAAGAUGGUUGCGGGUAUUUGGAAAGCAAGGAACUGAAAAAGCUAAUGUUCGAACUUGUUGGGAAUCAAUAUGACGAGCCGUCAGAUCCCAACACGAUAUUUCCCCAUGCUUAUUCGCUGCUUGGUGCCUUGACUAUGUUAAUUGGGGGUUUGACUGCACCUGCUGCUCCCAUUGUGAUUCCUAUUGUUGCGUCUCUCUUGCUGGCAAAAUGGAUUUUCGAUGUGUACAAGGCACUCAUGCUACAACGUUUGAUGGCGUACAUCGUCGACUUCACGAUUAUUAUGCAAAUAAUUUUUGGCUUGGUGGUGAACGCCCGUCUGCGCCUUUCCCGCCGCUUGAUCAAGCUCAUCUUCAAGGCCUACAGCAUUUCAGACGAAAGGAGCAAAGUUCACAAGGAGAUUAAGGAACAUGUGAAGCUGGCAGGCCGCUUUGACCAGGAUGCAGCUCUGGCGAAGAUCAUCCAAUUGAUCAAGGAGUAUCAGAUGAAACCCGAGAUUAUGGAGGAGCUACAAAGUGCAGUUAAGGCCUUCGAGAACAAUGAGGACGAGGAUUGGGGCGUAGGCAAAGCGUGACUUGAUUAUUCAAUUCCCUGUGUACUUUGUUGUCUAUGUACACAUGCCAUAAUCCGAACAAAAAUGAACCG